CCGACAACCAAUAGAAAGCCCAAGUUUCCCGGCCGCGUCGGCUUAUCGGCCAAUGGGGAGGACGCAGCAGCGAGAGCGUCUGAAUGCGUGAAAGGCCAGGCCGGUGUUAACUACAUUUCCAGCGGCGACCGGGAUCCUGGUACACCGCAAUCAUGUCUAUUAUGUCCUAUAACGGAGGGGCCGUCAUGGCUAUGAAGGGGAAGAACUGUGUGGCCAUCGCUGCAGACAGGCGCUUCGGGAUACAGGCACAGAUGGUGACCACGGAUUUCCAGAAGAUUUUUCCUAUGGGUGACAGGCUGUACAUCGGCCUGGCCGGGCUCGCCACCGACGUCCAGACAGUGGCCCAGCGCCUCAAGUUCCGGCUGAACCUGUAUGAGUUGAAGGAAGGUCGGCAGAUCAAACCUUAUACCCUCAUGAGCAUGGUGGCCAACCUCUUGUAUGAGAAACGGUUUGGUCCCUAUUACACUGAGCCAGUCAUCGCCGGGCUGGAUCCGAAGACCUUCAAGCCCUUCAUCUGUUCUCUAGACCUCAUUGGCUGCCCCAUGGUAACUGACGACUUCGUAGUCAGUGGCACCUGCUCUGAACAAAUGUAUGGGAUGUGUGAGUCUCUGUGGGAGCCCAACAUGGAUCCAGAACACCUGUUUGAAACCAUCUCCCAAGCCAUGCUGAAUGCUGUGGACCGGGAUGCAGUGUCUGGCAUGGGUGUCAUUGUCCACAUCAUAAGAGAGAGGAAGGAAGAAGUGAGCCAGCAACAAGCUGAGAACAGCAGCACCAUGCUCGGCUACAUGAGACACCUUGGGACUUUCCAGGCGUCUGUCAGUGAGAAGGACAAGAUCACCACCAGGACACUGAAGGCCCGAAUGGACUAACUUGUCCCAGAACCCAGAUGGGUUGUUUUGUUUGUUUGUUUGUUUUUUUAAUAAAAUAGCCCUUCUUUCA